UGAUAUGGGUUUGUUUGUUAACUCGAUCGCUCAUAACAUGCAGUUUUCUGCAAAGUUAAUUUCAACUGUGCCUUGUCAAAUGUUUGUGUUGCCCUCUGACUGGGUACACACCCUAUACCUGGAGCGAUUCGCAUUUUGGGAGACAGGAAGUCAUAAUCUUAUUUCUCAAGCAAUUGCGAAAUUUUCAAUGCAGCCAUUGUUCAAGAAGUCUGGAGAAUCGUGGUGUCAGCAAUCGUAGAUUUCACACUUUCGUGUUUUAAUUAUUCCCCAAGCAACAGGACGCAAUGAAUGCGACGGGAGCGCAAACCACCCGUCAAGACAUCGAGAAUACCGUUUGGGAAGUGCGAGACCGAUAUGUGAACCUUUCCCCCAUUGGAUCCGGAGCCUAUGGCACAGUUUGCUCAGCAAUUGACAGACGGACGGGGAACAAAGUUGCAAUUAAGAAGCUGCACCGCCCGUUUCAGUCUGAAGUUUACGCCAAGAGGGCUUACAGAGAGUUGAAACUGUUGAAACACAUGAAGCACGAAAAUGUUAUCGGUCUCAUUGAUGUCUUCACACCAGCUCUUGCACUGGAUGGAUUUAAUGACUUCUACCUAGUUAUGCCAUUUCUGGAUGCUGAUUUGAACAAAAUCAUGGGAAGGCUGACAGAAGACAAAAUUCAAUAUAUUUUAUAUCAGAUAUUAAAAGGCCUUAAGUAUAUUCAUUCAACUGGAAUUAUCCACAGGGAUUUGAAACCUGGUAAUUUGGCUAUAAAUAAAGACUGUGGGUUGAAGAUCAUUGACUUUGGUCUUGCUAGACACACUGAUUCAGAGAUGACAGGAUAUGUGGUCACACGGUGGUACCGUGCACCUGAGGUCAUCCUGAACUGGAGGCACUACACUCAGACAGUUGAUAUUUGGUCUAUUGGUUGUAUUUUUGCUGAAAUGAUCACUGGCAAGAUACUGUUCAAAGGAAAAGACUACCUUGAUCAGCUAGCACAGAUUAUGAAAAUAACAGGAACUCCUGGUACUGACUUCAUUCAAAAAUUAGACAGCAUUGAGGCUCGACAUUACAUCAGAACUCUACCCUACAUUAAGAAAAAAGACUUUACUUCCCUAUUUCCUAAUGCCAGUCCUUUAGCUGUGGACCUCAUGGAGAAAAUGUUAGUGUUGGACGCAGACAAACGUUUAUCGGCUGCUGAAGCUUUGAUUCAUCCCUACUUUGAACCAUUCCGAGAUCUAGAAGACGAGACUAAACCUGAGCCUUUUGAUGAUUCUUUGGAUCAGCUGAAGUUGUCAGUUGAUCUGUGGAAAAAACAUGCAUUUCAGGAGGUGAUGAGCUUUGUUCCUUUUUCAAGUUUAAACAAGAGACCCAUGGAAACAGCAUUAUAGUUGUGGUCACCCUGUUAGCAGUACAGACUGAUCUGGAGCUUGUGAGGUAAUAACACAACAGGAAAAUGCUAACAUCUCUUUUGUGUUUGGAGUACUGUAUUUUUAUCAACUUUAAAAAUUCUGAAUUGUACAUUUAUGUUUAGAAGUUACAGAAUUGUAUCAAUUCUAAAUGUUAAUCACUUAAAUCAAACUGUAUCUGUUUAUGACUCAAUUCAACUGAUAUCUUUCCAUAAAAUCAUUGAUGACAUAAGUGUAACUAAUAAGAAAACUGGAUGUGAAUGUUAGCGUCUAUACAUCAUCUCCAGCACAUGUAAUAAAUAGAAUGUUCGGUGUAAACUCAGUGAAAUAGAAUAUUACUUUCUUUGGCUUGUGUAAGAACAUAACGGCUGAUUUUAACUUUGGGUGGCAAUGGAAAAUGAAUGGCAAUGGAUUGGCUGCCCAUUAUGUACCUCCCUCCCUUCAUUUCCCUUUAUAUCGACUUCAAUCAAAAGGAAAAUCUGAAAAUGUAUUUAAUAGAUGACAAAUACACUGCCCAUUUAUGGCCACUCCAGAAAUAUAAAACCAGUCACAUAUUUAUGUCCUUUAAAUAUAGGAGGAUUACUUAUAGGGCAAAGGUAUCCAAAUAUUUGGGCCCAGUGUACAAUUUGCUGUGUGCCUUGAAGCUCCACUGGCCAUAAUAAACAGUGAUAAUUUAAAACACUGAAUUCAAUAAAUAUUUUAUUGAGGAAAAUUCUUGUAAUUUGUUAAGGUGUUAAUAUUGGAUUAAGGUGUCAUGUUAUUUUUGUUAAGUUGUCAAGUUUCUGAUAUGUUGCCUAUUGCAGUUGAUUACUGCCCACUAUAUACCCACUUCUGACUGGUCAGUUCAUCUUGUAUAACACAGAAAAAUAUUUGCCUUAAGUUUGGAUGUUGGUUUAAAUUACAAGCUACUUUUGGGCAAUUACAAACUGUUUCUCAGUCAAAUGAUAACUUAACAAUAACUAACAGACAGUUACUUCAUCUACAGGAUGUGGACGUCAAUUGCAAGGCCAACAUUUAUUGCUUAUCCCUAAUUGUCCUUGAAAAGGUGGUGGUGAGCAGCCUUCUUAAACUGCUGCAGUCUGUGUAGUGAAGUGGUGAAAAUUUGUAAGGAGUUUUGUUAAAAAGUUGACCAGCUUAUACAGUAAGGAAAGGACUGGUUAAUAAGAAUAUUACUUAUGAUUUAGCAAUGCAGUUGAAAAUUGUUUAUUUUUUACUAAACAAGGAGUAGCUAAACUUAAGAACUACUGUAAAAGUAUAUGUUGUGCUACUGCUGCCUUUCUUCCACUUUUUCAAUUAAAGUUUAAGUCAAAUGACUAGUGCAGUGUCAUGCUACUGCUUUCUGAGAUGAGGAGGAUCAAAUGAGAUAAUGUGAAAAACCAACAGCUGGAAUAAACUAAUAAGGAUUCUUUCUUCACGUCCUGGGCAUACUUUAAAUUUACCUUGAUCUCCGAGAUGUUGGGAACCAGGACAUAUCAACAGGAGUCAGUUGAAACAUGGAAGCCAAAACUUACAUGGGUACUUCUAGCACCUAUGAUGGUGCAGUUUUGCAGGAAUACUACAUUGUCAGGGGUGUGAGCCUUCAAAUGAGAAGUUAAACCAUGGUUCCAUAUGUCUAUUCUGUGGUUCAAAUGGGCAUUAAAGAUCCCAUGCCAUGACUUGAAGGGAAGCAAUUCUGUAAUUCUUCCUUUGAUCAACAUCACUAACAACAGAUUAAUUAGUCAUUUAUCUCCUGUUUGUCAAAUAUUGUUAUGCUUAAAAUUGCUGCAGUUUUUUUGGCAAUUCAUCAUAUAUGAAAGGUUUUGGGACAUUCCUCAGAGACAUGUUAAAUGAAACUUACUUUUCUCUUUGUGACAAACUGGCUUUUUCUAUUUCCCAAAAAAAUAAAAUGUUAAAAUGAAGAAAUAAA